CCCCGCCCCGUCCUGUCCCGCUGUGGCGGUGGCUGCGGCGCGGCAUGGCGGAGGCCCCGGCGGGAGUGGGAUCGGGGGCUCUGCCCCUGCGAGCUCGGUUGAGCUUCGCUGCGGGGCAUUUCCUGAACGAUCUCUGCGCUUCGCUGUGGUUCACCUACCUCCUGCUCUACCUGCACGCCGUGCUGGGCUACGGGCACCGCCUGGCCGGGGCCCUGCUGCUGGCCGGUCAGGCGGCUGACGGGUUCUGCACCCCGCUGCUGGGCUACGAAGCCGAUCGCUCCACCGGGUGCGGCCGCUACGGGCGGAGGAAAUCCUGGCACCUCGCCGGCACCACCUGCGUCCUUGUGUCCUUCCCCUUCAUCUUCAACCCCUGCCUGGGUUGCAAGGAGAACACUCCACAGUGGGCAGCCUUCAUCUACUACCUCCCCUUCAUCAUCAUCUUCCAAUUUGGCUGGGCAGCCACACAGAUCUCCCACCUCUCCCUCAUCCCUGAGAUGGUGACCAGUGACCAUGAGAAGGUGGAGCUCACAGCUUUCAGGUAUGCCUUUACUGUCAUGGCCAAUAUCACUGUCUACGGCCUGGCCUGGCUCCUAUUGAACUUCCAGGUGGAUCAGCCUGACCGCACGGAGCACCUUGGCAUCCAGGAUGUCCCUAUAUUUCGGGACCUGUCCCUCCUUGUGGUGGCACUGGGGGCUCUGUUCUCCCUCAUCUUCCACCUGGGCACCAAAGAGAAUCCAUACCCACCGGGCUCCCAGCCCCAGAUGGAGGAGAGCACCCCCCUGCUGCUGAAGGAGCCAGUGAGUCCCCCACGCCCACUGCUGAUCUGGAAAGACUGGCUGCUGGAGCCUGCCUUCUACCAGGUGGCGAUGCUCUACAUGGCCACCAGGCUCAUUGUCAACCUAUCCCAGACCUACAUUGGCAUGUUCCUGACCAAUUCGCUGCUGCUGCCCAAGAAAUACAUUGCCACCACCCCCCUGGUGAUGUACAUCAGUGGCUUCCUCUCCUCCUUCCUCAUGAAGCCCGUGAAUAAGUGGAUAGGUCGAAAUCUCACCUACUUCAUGGGCAUCCUGGUGAUCUUGGCCUUCGCCUCCUGGGUGACUCUGGCCGGGCAGAUGGGAGCUGAGAUCUACGGGGCAGCUGCUCUACUUGGGGCUGGCUCUGCCACCGUCCUGGUCACCUCUCUCUCCAUGACAGCAGACCUCAUAGGCACCAACACGCUCAGCAGUGCCUUCGUCUAUGGGGCCAUGAGCUUCACCGACAAGAUGGCCAACGGCCUGGCUGUGAUGGUGAUCCAGAACCUGCAUCCCUGCCCGACUGAGCUCUGCUGCCCUGCCUGCAUCAGUUUCUACCACUGGGUGAUGGUGUUGGUCACCGGAGGUAUUGCCAUCGCUGCCAUCAUCUCUCUGUGCUGCAUCAUGAUCUGGCCCAUCCGUAUCCGCUACAAUGCUGUCAAUCUGCAGGGGCUGAGCACCAUGGGAACCUCCUACAGCGAGGCAGACAACUUGGAGGAAAGCAACCAGAACAGCACUGUCAACUGAGGAGGGGCCAUGUCCUUGGCCACUGUGAUGUCCACGCUGCUCAACUCUGCCUGGAGGGACCUCCCCCCCUGUCAAGGGAUAACAUUGGGGCAGGGGCACUGGGCUCUGGGGUGGUGUUGGCCUCUGUCCUGUCUCCCUGUUACCUUGCACUGGACUCAUGUCCCCCCAGCCUCCCAUGCCCUGCCUGGGGACUCGUGAAGGAUGUCACCCUGUGCUUGCACAAGUGUAACACUAGAAGGUCCUGGGCAUGGGGGAUGGGUGCCCAGCCCUCGUUUUUAACCUGCUUUUGUAAGGUCAGUAUGUACAAACAGCACUUUUUAAAAGAGGUGAAAAAGGAGAGAAAAAAAAAAAAAAACAAACCAAA